GCGUCAAUGACACGAUGCCCAUCUGCAUCGAAUGCUCCUAUCCUGUCUCGCACCUGUAUAGUACUUACAGCCGUGCCGAUGACCGGUCGCUGGGCAAGGGCGUGCGUCUGACGCAAUGUCCGCGCUGUCAGCGGUUCGCCGACAAAUACGUCGAGCAUGACUUUGUUGUGCUGUUUAUCGAUCUUGUCCUGAUCAAGCCUCAGGUCUAUCGACAUCUUCUUUUCAAUCGUCUGGGGAGAGUGGAUAACCAAUUCGAUCGUUCGAUUAUUCGACUCGGAAUUCUUCUCCUUCUCUUUGACGUCUAUCUAACAUGGGCGCGCAUUGAAAAAUCCCAAACUCUCUCUGCGACAUUUCUCUCCCGUGCCCCUAUCAUCGUGCAAUACCUUUUCUUCCUAAGCUUGAACGCCCUUGCGACUCUCGCCCACCACCUGACUGUCCGUCUGCUGGCAUCAAUUCUCGUUCCCACGCCUCAUCAGCCCUCGGGAACCGACAAUAAUACAACUAAUAAUAAUAAUGGUACUCCAUCGGAGACUCUUGUCCCUUCGAAUCCUACCACGCCGAUUUUCCCCUCCUUUUCUAUGAAUUCACAAUCGCAACAAUCAAAUACCCCUAAUAUCCCUACGAGUUCGCCAAAACUCACACCACGCAACUCCUACCAGGACAAUUCACCACCACUUGGAACGGCAAGCUCAUCAGGUGUCGACCAUCAACAACCUGCUCAAGGGUCUGUGCCGCAUCCGCCUCCUCCCCCGCCCCUGCGCCGCGCGUCCACGGCACCGGUGCAAACAAUACAGCCUCUCCCGCCUCCGUCUCCGGCUAGCCCAGCAGCCAUCAGCACGGCUCUUCUUGUCAGCAGCUGCGCCAAGCUUUUCCCUAUUCUCCUUGUGAUCUGGGGCCCAGAUGGUAGCGGUUUCGCAUCGAACGCGUAUACACAGAAUACCGACACAACGAGCGUCCCUGUACAACAAACGCUCGUCCGGGAUACCUUGAAUGGAAUUACACCUGCCGCGACCGCAGUCGCAGCAGCAGCCACAUCAGCUGUGUCAGGAUCAUCUACGUCUGUUGUAGAAGACUGGGUUGCGAAAUUGGCGGCCACGAUGCCCGCAUCGACCCCGGGGAACUACCUGGCCAAUCUUGUGGAGUUGAUGGGCUCUCUUCUUUCGCUGAGUGCGGCAGAUACGCAUAUGGCGCUGUUGAGUAACAUCGAGGCGUUGUAUAUUCUACUAGGAUGCGGAUAUCUGCGUGCUGUGGCGCUGGCGGUUGCGGGACAAGUGGCUCGCUGGACAGUCCAGAGAGUAGUCUUAGGUGGUGUGGGAGUUGGGUAGUCAUCGUUAUUUAUUGAGAUAAUAUUCAUCUUCAAGUAAUCAAGGAAACUUACAUAUCUGCCAAAGCCAUGACUCCAGAAGUAAUACUGGAUUAUGUGUAACCGUAAACGCUGAAAGCGAGAAAAAAACAUGUAAAAAUAGGAAAACAAGGAUAUGAUAUAACUAUACAAAAACCGAAUCUCUGUUUGUUUCAUCUGGGCCACAUACUUCACUUCUCAAAUUCCCUCUUCUCAUCUAUCUCAUCCAAACUCCGUGUAAACAUCUUAUUCCGGUACCCGUCCAGGUCUGAUAUCUGAUCUCUUGGGCGAGAUGAGAGGAUGCCAUUGUGCAAGGAAUACAAUAG